CCGCGCGCGGCUCUGACGUCACUCGAGGAAGCGCAAGCCGCCGCCAUGUCGGGCGCCGCAGAUUCGCCAUAAUCCCCGUCCGGCAGCUUCUCCCGCCGCCAUUCCAGAGCGGCCGCAAUUAAUAUUUGUACGGGUCGGGGCCGGCUUUUUCCCUUCCUUUCUUUUUUUAAAGGCGCUCCCCGCCCUUCCAGGGACUCCGGAAAGGCGCAUCGGCGGGCGGCGCUUUCCCCGAAGGGACGGAAGUGCGCCGAGCUUUCUUUUCCCUUCUCUUUCUUCGCAGUUCAAAAAAAAAAAAAAAGGAAACACCCGGAUAUUUUCUUCUUCUUCCCGCUCCGCAGCCCGGGCUGCCAUGGAGUCUCCUUCGGCCGGGAACAAAUCCAUCUUCAUGUGUAAGCUGUGCAAUCUGUUUUCCCCCAACCAGUCCGAAUUGCUGUCUCACGCCUCCGAGAAACACUCAGAAGAUGGGGCCAAGGUGGACGAAAUCAUUAUUCCGCUCAGGCCUCUCAUGGCGCCCGCCAAUCUGAAUAAAAACGGAGAAGAACUGCUUGUUGUGAAAAGGAAGAGAGGAAGGCCCAAAGGAUCAACCAAGAAAUGUUACGCUGAAGAGGAAUCGGCUGAAAACACCACCUCUGCUCCAAGUGAAAGUGUUCAACCGGGACCCGAAGAAGGAGGAGGACUGGCGGAUGUUCCCGCAGACAACUUGGAAUGCCAGAAGUGCAACCGGAAGUUCUCUAAUUCUCGACAGCUACGAAAGCACAUCUGUAUUCUCGUUAAGAAUGAAGACUUGGAAGAAGAAGGGGAUUCAGGUAAUGAUUCUGAUGUUGACCUUAACAGGAGGGAAGAUGAGCGAGAAAAGCCAUCCAAGAGGCAGCGGGUACAAAGGACCGAGAAAAAUCUGUCCUCAAAAGAAGCCGACUCAGGAGCUAAGAAUCCUAUUAUAAGUGUGGUUUUGACAGCCCACGAAGCAAUUCCAGGUGCCACAAAGAUCGUUCCUGUGGAAGCAGCUUCUCCCAAAAAUGAGCAGCCCGUCAACUCAGAAACCUCUGUGUCAGACUCAUCUCAGCGAAGAGGUUAUCAGGAAUAUGCCAUUCAGCAAACUCCUUAUGAGCAACCAAUGAAAUCAAGCAGGUUGGGAGCCACUCAGCUAAAAAUUUUCACCUGCGAGUAUUGCAACAAGGUGUUCAAAUUCAAGCACUCCCUCCAGGCCCACCUGAGGAUCCAUACCAACGAGAAGCCCUACAAGUGCUCCUUCUGCAACUACGCCAGCGCCAUCAAAGCCAACCUGAACGUCCACCUGCGGAAGCACACGGGAGAGAAGUUCUCCUGCGAUUACUGCCCCUUCACCUGCCUGAGCAAAGGCCACCUUAAAGUCCACGUGGAGAGAGUCCACAAGAAGAUCAAGCAGCAUUGCCGCUUCUGCAAGAAAAAAUACUCGGAUGUCAAAAACCUGAUCAAGCAUAUCAAGGAAGCCCAUGACUUGCAGGACAAAAAGGUGAAGAAUGUCUUUGACCAGCUCCGCUUGAUGACUCGGGAAGGCAAGAGACAGCUUUUGUACGACUGUCAAAUCUGCGAACGCAAGUUCAAAAACGAACUGGAUCGUGACAGGCAUAUGCUGGUCCACGGGGAUCAGAGGCCCUUUGCUUGCGAGCUCUGUGGCCAUGGAGCCACCAAGUACCAAGCUCUGGAGCUCCACGUCCGCAAGCACCCUUUUGUGUACAUUUGCAGCGAGUGCUCAAAGAAAUUUGUCAGCUCCGUCAGGCUCCGCUUGCAUAUCAAAGACGCACAUGGGGAAUUGCCCGAGACAUCCGUUUUUAAUAAUUCCAUCAAUCAGAGCUUUUGUCUGCUGGAACCUGGAGGAGACAUCCAGCAGGAAGCCCUCGGAGAGGAAUUGUCCCAGACCGCUGCUGAACUGUCACUUUUAAACUCCAAAGCACUCUGUGUCGUAAAGUCUGUUUGCCUGGGAGACGGAAAUGCCACCGAGGGAAGCCAUGAAAAUAAUAACCCUGCGGAGAGUUUGGGAACAUCUCCCGCUCUCCUUUUGGAUUUUGAAAGCCCACCAGCAGCAAAUGCACCGGAUCCAAUUUGUGAGCCACUAACUGAAUUGCUGUCCCCACAUGUUAGCUUGGUCAAUGCUUCAGAUAGCUUUUUACAGAAGAACACUUCGCCAGAUUCAGACGGAGAAAAGGCCUGUUUGGCCAAAGAGCAGCUGCCACUUGACUCUUCGGUGAACGUCCCCUGUGAAGUUGAACAGCUUUUGGGAGAUGAAAACUCCAGUUUAAACCAGAAAGAACCAGAGAGUGUUCCUGAUACUGAUCAAGAGAGUCAGACUGUUUGUCUUAAUCAUCAGGAAGUCGACAACUCAACUCUUGAAAAGACGGAGUCCCCGAGUUCCCUUCCCCUUCUAGAACCCAGUGUAGAGUCUCAUCAGAAUUCAGAGUCUUUUCCUCAACCUUCAGAGGAUCAAACUGGAGCUGCAGCCUUUAUGCAGAUUUUGGACAACCUGCAAAAACAACAAAUGAAUACAGCCUUGUGUGAGAAGAUCAGAAAGGUCUACGGAGACUUGGAAUGUGAAUAUUGUGGCAAGUUGUUUUGGUACCAGGUGCAUUACGACAUGCACGUCCGCACGCACACACGAGAGCAUCUUCAUUACUGCUCUCAGUGCAGCUACUCCUCCAUCACCAAAAACUGUCUUAAGCGCCAUGUGAUCCAGAAGCAUAGCAACAUUUUGCUGAAAUGUCCCACCGAAGACUGCGAUUAUUCUACCCCGGAUAAGUACAAACUCCAAGCCCAUCUCAAAGUGCAUUCGGAGUUGGACAAAAAGAAUUAUUCCUGCCCUGUGUGUGAGAAAUCAUUUUCUGAAGACCGACUUAUAAAAGCUCAUAUAAAGACAAACCAUCCAGAGGUGUCUAUGCACACAAUUUCCAAGAUCGUUGGCAGGAGAGUUCAGCUCAAAGGACUAAUCGGAAAACGAGCUGUGAAAUGUCCUUAUUGCAAUUUUUAUUUCAUGAAGAACGGAUCGGAUCUCCAGCGUCACAUUUGGGCUCAUGAAGGCAUCAAACCGUUCAAAUGUUCUCUGUGCGAAUAUGCCACUCGCAGCAAAAGCAACCUCAAAGCUCACAUGAAUCGCCACAGCACCGAGAAGACGCACCUGUGCGACAGGUGCGGGAAGAAGUUCAAAUCGAAAGGCACUUUGAAGAGCCAUAAACUCCUUCACACGGCUGAUGGAAAACAGUUCAAAUGUACGGUGUGUGAUUAUACCGCGGCCCAAAAGCCACAGCUUCUGAGGCACAUGGAGCAACACGCUUCGUUCAAGCCUUUCCGUUGUGCACACUGCCAUUAUUCCUGCAACAUAUCUGGUUCCCUCAAAAGACAUUAUAACAGGAAACAUCCCAGUGAAGAAUACGUUAAUGCAGGCUCUGGCGAAUUUGCAGCUGAAGCCCUUCUCCAACAAGGUGGCAUCAAGUGUCCAGUGUGCAACUUUGUGUACGGCACAAAAUGGGAAUUCAACAGGCACCUGAAAAACAAACACGGACUUAAAAUAAUGGAGCAGGAUACGGAGCAAACUACAGAAAUUUCCGAAGAAUCCUCCACGCAGUACCUUCAUAUCACCGAAGCUGGAGAUCUGCAAGGGACUCAGGCAGCUGUUGCAGCUCUGCAGGACCUCAGAUAUACCUCAGAGAAUGGAGGAAGGCUUGAUGCCACGGCUGUCAACAUCCUUCAGCAAAUCAUUGAGCUGGGAUCAGAGCCCCAUGACGGCGCUGCUCUAGCUUCUGUGGUUGCCAUGGCCCCAGGAACCGUCACUGUGGUGAAGCAGGUGACCGAAGAGGAAGAGUCCGCUAAUCACACCGUGAUGAUUCAGGAAACUUUGCAACCGACUUCGCUGGAGUUGUCCGAGCAGCACCAUUUGGUGGUCUCCUCAGAUGACAUGGAAGGCAUUGGGACAGUGACCGUUUAUACUCAGGGCGGAGAAGCCUCAGAACUGAUUGUUUAUGUGCAAGAAGCUCUGCAGCCGAUAGAAGAGCAGGAGCAAUCUGGACAGGACAUCUAAAUCAAGUCCUCCGGGCAGGAACUCAAGAGAUCACAGCCUCUUAUUACACCGAUCCCGGUACCUUCUUUGGGGAUCAAAUAAGCAUCCUGAACAAGCAUCUGUGCGAGGAGACCCCAGCUAACAAACCAAGAGGAGUGAUCAUUGGCAAAGUGCCAAGGGGCUCGGUUAAAACUAUCCGGGUGUGUUGUAUGCACUUUAAAGAAAACGGCAGCGUUUUAAAAAGACUCUCUUAAUCACAAUUUGAAAAGCUUGUUGAGAAGGCAAAAGGACAAUCAGGCAAAACAGAAGGCUCAGGCAGUGUAGCUGCUUCUAAGGAUAAAGCGCCAUACCUUACUUUCUUCCUAUCCCCGGUUUGCUUCUAGAAAGAAAUCACUCUUUUAAUCUUCUAAAGGAGCUUUGCCUUUGUGAGUUUCGAAAAACCCCAGAACGUGAUUUGAGUUUUCAAAGACUCGAGAAUGUUAUCCAAAGGAACUCUUUUAAAUCGUUCAUCUUUUAAUUUCACCUCCUUCCAGUUUCUCAAGGAUGCAAGGAACUGCCACCGUAGUUUUCCCAGAUGCCCUGGUUCCUAUUAGAAAGGAAAUGUUUUAUUAUUAUCACGUAUUUGAGGCACAUAGAUUGAAAAAUAAUCUGGGAAGGCUGAGGAGGUUCUGACCAUCCCUGAAGUUUUAUUCUGCUUUUCCUCCCUGUUCCCCUUUGCAAGAUUACAACGGUGUUUUUCAGAAGUAUAAAAAAAUGUGGACUUUUUUUUUUUUCCCUGAGCUUGGCCACUCUAUUUACUGCCGGGUUAUGUUCCUCAUAAUACAUAAUGGAUGCAAUUUUGAGCCAUAGAGAAGUAAUUUAGCAUCAAGAAAGCUGUGAAAACCAGAGUGAUAAAGUGGACUUUGGGGUCCUGUUUUCCUUGUCUGACAAAUGUUUGAACAUUUUCUUCAUGAAAAGCCCAGCUCAGUAGCCAAAGCUCACAUCCAUUAUGGUUACUCUGUCUUUAUAAAAACUAAACAAUUUGCCAUGAAAUACGGUACAUUGGCCACCAAGGCUGGCCUAGAGAAGGCCUAAUUUUUUACUAAGCCUUCUUGAAGAAAAUGGAUGCUAGGAAGCUCAGGCAAAAUUGUGAUACGUAUUUUUGUCCAUAGUUCUAACAAGUGGUCUCCAAUGGGGUGAACAUUUUGCUGUCCAUGAAGAAAAGGGGAUAAGAUUUUGAACGAGAUUGUUUCCACCAGACCAGUAAUUCUAGUUGCAAUCAUGCUGCCUGGGGAAUUCUGGGAGUUGAAGUCCACAAGUCUUAAAGUUGCCAAGGUUGGACAUCCCUGAUUUAUGAGGAGAUGUUGCGUCUCCAUUUGCUUAGGGGAAAAGAGAGAAGGCCACGUUAUGAUUGGCACCCAAGCAUAUGAAGAGCUUAUCCUUCAACCUCUGAGGAAUAGUGCCAACAGGUCAUGGUUAAAACCUGAGAUUGAUUAUUUUUUUUUAUUCUGAGGGAGUGGGGAAAAAACAGGAAUAACCUGACUUCUUUUUAUCCUAUGAAUUUUUACAUUAUCAAAGCACCCAUUUGUGAUUAUGAGCAGAAACUCUUAUCAUCUGAUAUACGAAACAGCUUAGAGUUUAACUCGUCUGACCUAUUAUGUCUAAGAUCUUGAACAGACUUCUAUCAAAUAAAAUGGAAUUUUAAAAUAUACAUAAUAAAAGUUUUAAAUAGGCAACUCCAAUUUGCAGGGGGGUGGAAGACCCCAGACCCUGUUUCCAAGCGUAUUAUUGACUGUCAGUAUCUCAAUUCUUUUCCCUGUAGUUUUGCUGGAAAGAUAGAAUGCAACAUAUUAAGUCCACGUCUAGACUUAAUAUGUUUUUUUUUAAAGAAAAAAGAAAAACAAGAAUUGAAAUAAAUUCUUAAUACCUCCCCAUUAUUUAUUACAUUAAAUUAUUAAAUUUAUUGAAUGCACAUGCCACUGAAUCAUUGAAAUUCCUGCCAGCUUACAAGGAUAAAUAAAACAUACCCGGUAUAAAAAGAAAAAUAGAGUAAAAUCUCCACAAUAAGACAGGAAAAAUAAUGCAUAACCCCUAACACACAUAACACAUAGCAACUCCUAAUAAGUCAAAAAACCAAAUUAUUAGGUGUAACAGAAAAUAAUAAAAAAAAUAAUAAUAAUUGUGGCUAAAAGCUAAGCCAACGCUAACUUCCAAAACAAGUCAAAAUCUCCUUGUGUCCAUCAUCCUUCCCUAAAAUAUUCAGUGCAGCUCUCACUACUCAGGAGUUACUUCCAGCUGCCUUAAAUCCUUAAUAUACAGAAGAGACCUUUUGGUCACCAAAAUCUAUUUUUUGCUGCAACUGAAAUUUAUCCCAGUAUAUUUUUGCAUCAGGUUAUGCUAUUUCCAUUCUGCAAAGAUAAUUAGCUUUAAGAUGAUGCAUUACUCUCUACCUUAGAGUUAGAUUUUGGGAACAGAAGGAGGAAGAGGAGCCAACUAGGUUUGUAACUAUAAUUUGGUUUAAAAAAACCCUGACCAGUCACCCUUUGCAGGAGAAAUGAAAUAAAACUAACAUUACAGGCUUAUAAAUAUCCAGAUAUGUGCUUCAAAAAUAGCUAGCUUCCCUUGACAGCUAAAACUUAUUUUCCUGUACCUGCUUAUCGUAACUUGAAUUGGUAUCGAGUAUUGCUGGAUUAAAUUAAUUCCGCAAAAGGAAUGAAUGAUGGAUGCUAAAUAAAAACCACCAAAUAUUACAAACUGAUAGUGCCGUUCUCUUGGAAUUAAAACUUAAAACCUGUUUGUUAGUGAACUUAAAAAGACUUCCUAAAAAUUCUGCUGUACGUCGCUGUCGUUGCCAAAUCUACUCGAUGGACCUUAAGGACUGUCUUGUUAAUAUGUAAAAAAGUGUUUCCACAACUUUAAUUGUAAAUGAUCUCCAGCUCAAAUAAUUGUACAGAUGGGAAAAUAGAAAGCAAGAGAAGGUUUGUGCACAAAUGAGGGUGCAUUCUUUGGUUGAGGGGAGCAUGCCUGCAAGAUUAUCGGUCGUGCAUACAGCCACAACUUCAUCAUUGUACACCUCCCUUAUCUUGGGAGGGGGAGUGUCCAAUAUUUAUAUUUAUAUAUAUAUAUGAUAUAUGAUCUAUAAACCUUUGAUUUUUUUCCCCCUCCCUUGAAAAUCCACCAAGCCAAUAAAUCCUUUUCAAAGUC